AUGGGUAUCUGCCUCGGCAAGACGGCCGGCGGAGCCACUGCUUCUCCUCCGCCGUGCUGGACGGACCUGCCGCGGGAUAUCGCCGGGCUCGUUCUCGCCCGCGUCGGAUCCGACGACGACCGUCUCGCCUUUGCCGCCACCUGCCGUGAAUGGCGCCUAGUCGCCCAACUCCAUCCCACGCUGCUGCCGCCGGCCUUGCCGUUCAUCAACCUUGGCGACGGCGCCUACCGCAGCAUUGCCGACGGCAAGGUGCACCGAUUCGCCAUGCCCAUACACAGCUCCGUCGAUGAUUCCUUCGGCAGCAUCCUCCUCGGUGAGCAUCACGGCUCCGGGCAAUGCUUCAUCUACGACCCGUUCUCCCCAUCCAUGCCAGCCAUUGACGUCCCCUGCAGCUACAAGCUUACCCUCCAGCACAAGUAUCGCUUGGUCUACAGUACCGUCCUAGACCAAUUGUCCCCAAGCACGGGGCAGGGAGAUCAUGUUAUGGCCAAUCGCUUGAAAAAGAUAAUUAUCCCGUCGCCCCGAUUAGUUGUCGCAAUGUUCGACUACCGCCUAUUCAUGGCUGCACCUAUCAACUUGGCAUGUUUUGGGGGCGGCUCGCUCAGGUGGUUACAGCCUGACGACACCGCCGAAUUUCGUAACCAUGGUAUUGUGGAUUUCAUGUACGAGGACAUAGACUCUUACCAUGGUAAGAUCUUCGCCGUGGGCUGGACGGGGCAUCUGUUCGCCCAUGACUUGGUUGUGGGAGAGGCGCUGUCCCUAAGUUGCGGCGAGCACGUGAUCAAGGAAGGGCCAGAUGCAGCGGUCUCUGAGCAUGCAAACUACCACCUGGUCAUAUCAGCUGACAAGGAAAAACUACUGUUGGUACGCUGGAGCAUACCUCAGCUGAUGACUAGGAGCAAGAUUAAUCACCACUCCAUGUCCCUGCGUGUAUUCGAGGCAGACUUGGAUAAGGGCCAAUGGUCGGAGGUGAAAAACUUGGGUAACCCUCUUUGUUGGCAAGACCGGCUCCAGAGCGUAUACAGUAGCAUGCCAGUCAAAGAAUUAUCGCCGUAG